UGCUCUGUCUCAACAUUGAUGUGAUUAAAAGACGACAAGGAGUACGCGCGGAAUGUACCAUAGUGCGAGUGAUGCGCCCGCGAUAAGGCCGGACUGCGCUACCACAGCUGCGAGUUUCUCCGGUUCUUCUCAAAGUACUUCGAGGUUCAGACGAGGACUGAUGAAAUCUGCCCGUGUUGGUGAACGAAGCGACAGUAUAGAUACCAUACUUGAGGAAGAUGAGGAUAAAACGGAAAAGGAGAAAGAAGUGGUAACUCCGGCAAAAGGGGCUGCUACAAGCAAAAUGAUGGUCAGUGCUGUGGCUCGGAUGGGCCAAUUGAAGAGAGCAGCCAUAGUGAAGUCGGAAUCAGAAGAUGGAGAGAAGAGCAAGGAGGCUGAGAAAGAACCGGCGCAAGCGACAGAUGACUCAGCGAAAUCGGUGAUGCCGGUUGCGCCGUCUAUUGACAAGGCAGAAUCGGAAGACGAUGAAGAAGACGAUGAACUCAUGCUCAGUGCUAAGAGGGAAGAAGAAGACACUACUCUGCACUCCAGCGAUUUUGUAUUCGACCCGGAUGGUGAUGUUGCUUAUUACUGGCUGUGCAUCAUAACAGUAGCAGUCAUCUAUAACUGCUGGAUUAUCAUUCUCCGGAUAGGAUUCACAGAGAUGCGAGAAGAUCCUCUCAACCAGAGGAUCUUCUUCUACCUCGACUACGCAUGUGAUAUAGCAUAUCUCCUGGACGUUGCUGUCCAACUUCGAACAGCUUUUCUCGAGAACGGUAUUCUGGUGUUAGACCCAGUGAAAUUAAGUCGCAAUUACAGAAGAAAGCCAGAAUUUGUUAAAGAUAUGAUUUCGAUUGCUCCAGUUGGAACUAUAGCCACAUUCAUAGCUGAACUGACAGACAGCGCUAUUGUGGACAUCGGUGAAAUAGACGAAUCCGACAUCUACGUGCCCAUCGUCCGACUCCCACGCCUCAUUAAGUUCCACACUAUGACCAAGUGUUUCGAGGUGACGGACAGUCGAACCAGCAACCCCAAUACCGUGAGAGCUUUCAAACUCACUCUCUACCUGUCCGUGGUUAUACAUUGGAUCGCCUGUUUCUACUACAUGGUAUCAAGUUAUGAAGGCCUUGGUAUCAAUGACUGGGUAUUUCCGAAUAAAACAGAAGAUCAACAUUUUCGAAGUAAAUACAUCCGUUCACUUUACUGGUCGACAAUGACAUUGACAACAAUCGGAGGCACAGCCAAUCCAGAAACAACACUUGAAUACGUUUUCACCGGCGUCACCUUUCUCAUCGGAGUGUUCGUGUUCGCUGCCGUUGUGGGAAAUGUCGGAGACGUCAUCAGUAACAUGAACGCAGCCAGGCAGGAUUUCAUGGCGAGGAUGGACCAGAUUAAGUUCUACAUGGAUCAUCGUAGAAUUCCUGAAGUCCUGCAAAACAGAGUUAAACGAUGGGCUGACUACAGCUGGACUCGCACUCAAGCAAUAGACGAAAUCAGCAUGUUAGAGAUGUUGCCAGAGCGUCUCCGCUCUGAGAUCGCCAUCCAUGUUCACCUCGAGACGCUCAAGAAGGUGAAAAUCUUUGAAGAAUGCGAAGAGGGGCUUCUCCAUGAAUUGGUGCUGAAGUUGCGGUCACAGAUCUAUUCGCCCGGGGACCAUAUCUGCAGGACCGGCGAGAUUGGCAGGGAGAUGUACAUCAUAAACCAUGGGAAAGUCGAGAUAUUGGUAAACAGUCCUAGUCAACCAUCUGGUAAAAUGGUGGUUGCUACUCUCUCGGAGGGGAACUAUUUUGGCGAGAUCAGCUUAUUGAAAUUGGACGCUGGUCAAAACAAGCGAACCGCAGAUGUGCGCUCAGUGGGUUACUCUGAGUUGCUAUGUUUGUCCAGGAAAGAAUUGAUGUCGGCUCUUGUCGAAUACCCAGAUGCUAAAGAUAUUCUGGAAGCUCAGGCCAGAGAAAGAAUGCAGAAGAACAAGGAGGUGCGUCGAACCAGUACGGCAGAUUCCACAUCGGGUGACAAGCCAUCAUCAAGCUCUACAUCUCCAACAACUGAAGCCCCAAAACCACCGCCAAAACCCGCGGAGGAGAAGCCAGUUCCGCCGCCACCGCCGCCGCCACUUCCGGCGCUCAUGAAGGGCAAGAAGGACACCUUGUGGCAACUGCUGAAAUCGGAUGACUUUCAGCGCGCUGCUGGGCCAGAGAGGCAACUUGGUAAAGAGCUUUCACAACUAAAGGAGGUCGUCAAAGACAUGCGGUCCUUUGAUAGCCAGAUGACAAAGGAAAGAGUACAACAACUAUCGGAAAAGUGCGACGAUCUUAAGAAGAAGUUAAAGCAAAGGAACGUAGAGCUGCGGGACGCUAUACAAAGAAUCAACGAACUGGAGACCUUCUUGCUCCUCCCAGAAAACGGCCCAAGAUACACAAACAAGUUGAACGGUCUCGCCUCCGUGAGAACGCGCCGGUACCCAAGGAACAACAACAGAAAGACAAACGGCCAUGUUGACCUUUUGAUUGCUGCUGCUGUGGAUUCCACUCGACGCAGCAGCACCGGAACUGUCAACGUGGAGGAGAAUGGUAAUAGCUACACUGACCAGGAUAACUCUUUGACGUACCUUGGUCCUCCGAGUAUCAAUCAGACAAAUGGUGAGCUUUCCGACUCCGAAUUGAAUGAUAUCAACGUUGCAAAUGACUCUUCGCAGGGGCGCCGGACCCGCAAUGUUGCCGUCCCUGGGAUCUCGAUCAACGGGAUCUUGGAGCAGGAGCCGGCGGACGUGACGCUGGAGCAAGGCGUGGCAGAGGACACUGACCCAGACUCGAACAGUGAGAUCUCCCCGGGCAGUUCGGGGAUGUUUGGUUAUGACUGUGCUAACAUUGCUAGUAUUUUGACCGACACGUCUAGGAAUAAUAGCGAAAGUUCCAGUGGCUCUUCGUCCGAAGAUAGUGACGGCGGUUAGAUAUCAGUAUUCAAAAAGACGAAAAACGCUGCUAUAGGUCGGAGUAAACCUCUUGACGGUUUUAGACUUUCUGACACGAAUAGGUAAAUGUCAAUCCAUGUAGAAGUAAAAUAUAACGAUGGAAUAACUCAAUUAGAUCUCAAUACAACUGAUAAAGAUCAAACUAGUUUCUUAAGAUUCAGU